UCUGUGCACAUAUAUUAGCAAUUUAUAUAUAAAGAUGGUAGAUAAAAGAUGGAUCACAAAUCUAUAUAAAAUAGUAAUGUAUAUUAAAGAUGCAAUAGAUAUAUAUAUAUGAGAUCAUUUGUUAACAGAAAAUAUAUAACUACCUAUAGAUUGCCUGAUGGUGGAGAGCAGAACUGUUCCUUUAAGAACAGUUCAGUGAUCAGCUGCUCAUGCUGUAGUCUCCGCCUUAUCCUGUUGUCUUCACAGUCCUCGGUCCUGCUGCUGCUCCUCACAGUCCUCCUUCUGCUGAUCUUUAUCUGCAUUUGAGAUGAAAGUAGAGUGUAAAGAAUGACCAUGGGGGGCGCUACUGCUGCUGCACACACCAACUCAGCUCUGGUUCAGAUUCUUUCAGUGUAAGUUGAGGAACGUUCUGUUCAGGUAACUGAUAUCAUCACAAUGACACUACCUGCUUGUGUGUGCUUUGGUGAUGUUCCAUGAUUCAAAUGUUUCAAUGAUCUAAGCUAAUAUUUCCAGGAGUGUAACAUUUUGCUACUUCUUGGCUAACAGUUAGCUGUUGUUCGGCUAAAUGUAUUUUCAGUGGGUUAAAUGUGUAUGUUGUGGUUUUGUAUGGCUCAGUGUAUAAAAAAAACCCCAAGAUGGAUGUGUGGAUGAGUCUCCUCCCACCUCCCCUAUGGGACACGCCCCUUUUCAACUUGGCAAUUCCAGGAAGUCACAACAGCGCCACCUACAGUCUGGACCUGGACCACAGUUCGCCUGUGGACCUCACUCAACCAGACCUGCUACAGAAGCUUGACAAGUAUCUGAAACCAGUCAUCAGACCAUUUGUCUAUAAAUGGGCCGUAGCACAGGAGUUAACCAUGGCACAGCAGCUGGACUCUGGGGUCAGAUACUUUGACCUUAGGGUUGCUCACAGACCCAACGACAUGACCUCUGACCUCUACUUUUACCACGGUGUUUACACCAUAGUCACUGUUCAGACCGUUCUGAUGGAGAUCUGUCAGUGGUUGGACCUUCAUCCCACAGAGGUUCUCAUCCUGUCCUUCAGCCACUUCCUGUGUCUCAGUCCAGAACUUCACUGUCUGCUCAUCAGCACCAUCUGCAGGAUUUUCACCCACAAACUCUGUCCAACCACGGCGCCGUUGACUCUGCGGAGCCUCUGGUCCCACAGGUUCCAGGUCAUCGUCUCAUACCAACACGGCCUGGCCUCUGGACACAGCCAUCUGUGGACGCACAUCCCCUACUGGUGGGCCAAUAAGAGCCGAGCUGAUCAUCUCAUCCAGGAGUUGGAGCUUCGAAAGCAGCAGGGACGACCAGGAGGGUUCUUUGUGACGGGGAUGAACCUGACGGUGGACCUGAAGUACAUCUGCUCUCACCCCACUCAGUCUCUAAAGGACCUGGUCAUGUCCACCUACCCCACAAUGCUGGGCUGGAUUCAGGACCAAAGCCCUGGGUCUGGGCCCGACUCACUGAACAUCAUCGCAGGCGACUUUGUGUCAGAGUGGAACCUGAGCUCAGCUGUGAUUGGUCUGAACCACAAGCUGCUCACAGCAGAAGUUUGAACUACAAACCCAAACCAAUUAGAGUUGAGGUGCAGAUGGAUGUCAUCAAUCAAAGUUUAAGGGGAGUGUAUAAUUUUGUUAUUGUGCGACAUAGAUGUCCCCUGCUGGCUGUAAAACCACAGCCACCAUGAAAAAGUGGACUUCACAAAAAACAAGUAUGAAUAUAAUAUAAUAUAUAUAUUAUAUAAGUAUAAAUGAAGAAAAUACCAGUUCAGAUAUUUCCUGUUAGCCUUUAACUUUUAGUCUAAAAUCAUUUUUAUAGUUUGAGCUGCUCUUUGGGGGCAGCUAGCAUCUACUGCAGUCUCUCUGAAACAGCAGUGGAAUAUUAAGAUCAAAGGUCGAAAUGUGUUGUUUCAUAGUUCAAAGACUUUUCAACACAAUGAAACAAACACUUUAGCUUUAUUGAUCUGAACUAGUUUUAGCCCCCCACCCACCCACCCACAGACACACCUGCAGUUCAGAUGAGUGAGAUCUGAUGGAUUGAACCUUGGGUGGAGGGUGUGGGGGAGGUUAGACUCUGAACAGUGUCUUCUUUUUCACAAAUGUUUGACAAUAACAACCAACAACUGGAUCAACAUCACAGUUUUAAUGUAAACCA